AUGGUGAUUGAUCUGGAUAGUGACGAAAAGAUGCUGCCAGCGGAAAAUGCAGCCACUGGUGGAAUGGAAAUGAGCCGUUUUAAGGAAAGCCGCUUGGAAAUGGCCAAGAUAUAUACGCGCGGAAAGGGCCAAUUGCAUAUCAUCCAUCGAAACAAAAGACUAAAGCUAUAA